AUGUACUGGAAGCAUGAGAGCGCCGCCCCGGCGCUGCCCGAGGGCUGCCGGCUGCCGGCCGAGGGCGGCCCCGCCACCGACCAGGUGAUGGCCCAGCCAGGGUCCGGCUGCAAAGCGACCACCCGCUGUCUCGAAGGGACCGCGCCUCCUGCCAUGGCUCAGUCGGACGCCGAGGCCCUGGCAGGCGCACUGGACAAGGACGAGGGCCAGGCCUCCCCAUGCACACCCAGCACACCGUCUGUCUGCUCACCGCCUUCUGCCGCUUCUUCCGUACCGUCUGCGGGCAAGAAUAUCUGCUCCAGUUGCGGCCUGGAGAUCCUGGACCGGUAUCUGCUCAAGGUCAACAACCUCAUCUGGCACGUGCGGUGCCUCGAGUGUUCGGUGUGUCGCACGUCGCUGAGGCAGCAGAACAGUUGCUACAUCAAGAACAAGGAAAUCUACUGCAAGAUGGACUACUUCAGCCGAUUUGGGACCAAGUGCGCUCGGUGCGGCAGACAGAUCUACGCCAGCGACUGGGUGCGGCGGGCGCGCGGCAACGCCUACCACCUGGCCUGCUUCGCCUGCUUCUCCUGUAAGCGCCAGCUGUCCACGGGAGAGGAAUUCGGCCUGGUGGAGGAGAAGGUGCUGUGCCGCAUCCAUUACGACACCAUGAUCGAGAACCUCAAGAGAGCCGCGGAGAACGGGAAUGGCCUCACGUUGGAGGGGGCAGUGCCCUCGGAACAGGACAGUCAGCCCAAGCCGGCCAAGCGCGCACGGACGUCCUUCACAGCAGAGCAGUUACAGGUUAUGCAGGCGCAGUUCGCGCAGGACAACAACCCCGACGCCCAGACGCUGCAGAAGUUGGCGGACAUGACGGGUCUCAGCCGCAGGGUCAUCCAGGUGUGGUUUCAAAACUGCCGGGCGCGUCAUAAAAAGCACACGCCGCAGCACCCAGUGCCGCCCUCCGGGGCGCCCGCGUCCCGCCUCUCCUCCGCCCUGUCCGACGACAUCCACUACUCCCCGUUCAGCAGCCCCGAGCGGGCGCGCAUGGUCACACUGCACGGCUACAUAGAGAGUCAUCCUUUUUCAGUACUAACGCUGCCAGCACUUGCGCAUCUGUCCAUGGGCACUGCACAGCUGCCCCUCAGCCGUUGAGAUCCAGUGUCCAGCUGUGGCCAGGAAUUCGCUGCCUCUGCAUCCACCCCCACCCACUGUCUUACCCUCAGCCAGCGUGGCCCCUCAGGCCUGGUCUUUUCCUCUCCUGCUGAGAACCAGAACCUUCCAGGAGCAACACAGAAUCCUCCUCCUGGAAGGCAGAGCUCCCUGAAAUGUGGAAUCAGGAUGAAAACAAACAGCCUAUUUUUCCCAUUUAAACAGGAGUCAUCUUCAACUUGUCGAUUACAAUAGUAAAAGGCGAAUUGAAUCGUGAGACACUCCGACAGCCUCCUAAUUUACAGGUUUUCUUCUCCCCAUAUUGGCCUUUAUUUACUACUUCCCUGGAACCAUCUCUGAACUCAGAAUAGCUGACAACCCCCAAUAUUAUCCACUCUGUUGCUUUUGUCUGGAAAACUACAGUGUUUGUGGAUGUCCCCGAAGGAAAGCUGUGUUAUAAUUUUAUCAUUUCCAUCUGUCUGGUUAUGUCAAGUUAAUUCAGAAAGAAGAGACACUGACCAACCCUGAGAGGCCCAAUAGGACAGAGAUGGAGCCCUGCCCAGACCAAGAGACAGAGGGACAGGCAGGGAUGGGGGCAGACACCCCCAUUGGCUUGGAGGAGAGGGACAUGGCACACUGGACUCGGAGAGAGGUGCCAGCUAUUUCAUGGAGAGGAAAGAGAGAGCUUGGAUGAGACAAAAUUAACAUAUCUAACACCUAACAUGCAGGAAUUGUGACAGAGGUGGGGGUCGACCUAUGUGGUGAAUGUUUGGGCAGGCUAGAGUUGGAAACCCUUGUUGGAUACUUGUUCAGUCCUUAUCGGAGGGCCUGGGCCAGUCUUCUCUGAGGAGAAGCCUUCAUGUGGGAGGAAGGAACAGAGCCCAGUGAAAUGGCAGCCAGAAUGUUAGUUCUGAUUCAUCCCUAAGCAGAGACAGGUGUCCAUGGCCUAGGUGAGUAUGCCAGACCCAAGAUUCUAGUGGGCACCUCUGCAAUUCCCCACCACCCUGACCAGACCCAUCUCCAUCCAGUCCUGAGACCUAGCACUGCAAGCACCCCAGCCUUCUGCAGCUCUCCCACCCCAAACAGAAGGGCUUGGGUUAUAUGGGACUGUGAUUCAUGUGUUUAGGGGCUGCCCAUUUAUCCCAAACUUAUUCUAUAAUUCUAAAACUACUCGGUGGCAUUUCUCACCAGAGGCUGCUAGUAAGCAUAUUUUAGCUAAAAGCUUCCUUCCUGCCUUUGGAAGGAGACUCCAGACCAGGGAAAGUCAGUUCACAGACAUGAUACAGAUACAGCUGCCUGUUUCUGCUUCACUCACGGCAGACAUUGCUAAUUGAUUGCAGGAUUCUAUCUCACUGAGUUUGGAUUAGGUUUCAGAAUGAAUAUACUUAAAGGUGGCAUAUAAAUAAGAACCUCUGUGCUAUUUGCUCUGGUACCCAGAGAAGGGUUAGGCACGGGUAAAGCCCAGGAUGGGAACUUGCACCUUCUCCCUUCCAAAGAUGUCAUGGCUGACAGAACAAAGAAAAGUCACCACCCAGAAUACUGUGUGGCUCAGUUCAAAAGUCAUCCAGUGCUCUGCUAGGCACUGACAUGAACAGGAAGAACCUGGGCCUGAUCCCUGGCCUUUGGAAACUUGGACCUUUCCUUUGAUUUUUGCUCCUAACAAUCAAAAGCCCCAGUGGCAACCAUGUGGUAAGUGACCAGCUGAGCCCUGCCCAGGGUCACCCAGUACCCACUCUGCCUUGAGCCUUCCCCCAGGGUCUAGUCCUCGUGUGGAUCACGUGGCCAUAGCAUGUUGCAGUUCUAAUGUCUCCACUAUCUUAUUAAAGGCCUGGGCAUGUACAGGCUGUCGAGACUAUUUAUUUGAAUACAAAAAAGGGGGAAACACACACACACACACAGAAAAAUUGUAAGCACUUUUUUUGUAAAACCAAUGUCUGUUUUGUUACAUACCUUUCAUGUUGUGCUUUGUAAAUGUCUUAUUUGUGUAAUAAAUAAAGUUAAUGCAAGUAGAAAGUGCUGGCACUUAAAUCCAGAA